GAGAAUCGUGUGCAACUGCUUGUAGAAUUGGAGGAGUUAGAUUUAGCUGAGAAAUCGGAAGUGAAUUCUCUUAUUGAAUCUUUGAUAGUAUCCCAAAAUGAUAAACUCAUGUUCAUGCUCCACACUUUAGUCUAGGUUUAUGAGUAUCUCUUAUUAUUCAAUUCAUAUUCAUGCUAUUUUCUAGUGAAGGCUGACAUGUCUUUGCAUUCAACUGAUUUUAGAGUUUGAAUGUUCUGGUAUCAUAACUGCUUGAUCUCAUUGGUUAUUUUAGAAAAAAUAUAAUGGUAUUUACUGUUGAAAUAAUACUUUUUUUUUGGUCUUAUCAACAUGAGCUAAACCAGAUAAUCAACAUGGAAAGUGGAACCAAAAAUUUCUUGCUAUUGGUUGAAAUCUGAGAUCUUUUACUACCUAUAUAAUUUAAUGAAAUUUUAGGCUUGUGUUUGAAGCAAAAGGAAUAUCUGGCAUAUCAGUAAGUUUUAUCUGUUUUGAUUUUUGAUAUUACAAUUUACAGUUUUAUGCUUAUGCCUCAUUUCUCCAAUUAUUUCUGAUUGCUGCUUGUCAUAUACCUUAACAAUCACUAGAUAUUAUGGGAAGACUUCACUUGCCUGGAUAUAUCCCAAUGCACCCUGAACAAGACUAUUCUGCAUGUGGCUGCAAAAUACUUGGAUUCAGAUAUAUCUGAAUGCCUAGGACAAUUUCUUGGUCUAGGAGUGAAAGCGAACAUUUGGUGUAGAAAGCAUCUAAAGAUGACACUGAUGUCAACAGAGGAUUCUGAAGAAGAGGAACACAGUAGCAUUUUCUAUCAGUUGCUUUUGGAUUUGCUGAGCUACUCUUCUGCUAGUUAUUCAGCUUUUGCAAGAUAUCCCAUAUUGGGUAACAAAGAGGUGAUGUUAAGCCUUGGGAAUUUCAUCUCAGAACAGUUAAAUCUGACAAAAGAUUCAGUAUCAGAAAUAAAGAUUCAUACUUUAGUUCCAGAGUUAUUGAAGGGAGUACAGGUGGCACUCGAUGCUGUGACUCGACUAUGCAGGGUAUAUUCAGAUGGUGUUAAUUGGGAUAUCUACCUUUUGAAAACUAAAGAAGUUGAAAGCAUUACAGACAUCAAGGAGGCUGAAAAUGCAGAUCCUGUCAUCAAUAUGAUCAAAUGUACAAUAGAAAAGUUGUGUGAAUUGGGUGUCCUUGCAGCUGACAAUGGUGGCAGUCUUGUGAGUCUAUUAAACAUGUCAUGGAAGGGUGUAGUUACAUUGCUUCAGCUCGGGAACGGUGCUUUGGCAGCAAAGGUGAACAUAGCAGGUGUUAUUAUGACCCUAAUUUCACUGGCCAACGAGUCUUUAAGAUGUGCAGCUGGGACUUGGUCGGCUUCACUAAAGGAAAUGGUCUCUGUGUCUGAAGCUAAAAGGAUUUACCUUCCUGUGAAAUUUUAUCUGAUUAAUGCUGUAAGAAUUAUUUCUCAAUACCAAUGUGAAGCACUUUCUCUAUACAGAGAUAUAACACACUGUGUCAUUAUGAUAUUGACCUUUAGAAUUUCGCUGAGUAAGGUAGAACCUUUGAAAUCUGCAAGUGAAGUGUUAGCAGAAAUUCUGGAGCCAACAUCCCUACACUUACUCAAUGGUCUACUAACUUCAGGUCAGGUGAAAGAAGAGCAAAAGUUCCAUAUUUUGGACUGGUUGUUCAGUAAUGACAGUGAUUUGGGAUCUGUUGAUGAAAUUACAAAUAAUAACGAUGGAAACAAUUCAUUACAUGCAAUAUUUUCUGUAAAUUCCAAUGCUAUGAACCAAGCAAAAGUAUUGGACCUUGGUCGUGUUGCUUUAUUUCUUCAUCUUUUGAAAAGUGCUCCUGAUCUAGAAGAUGAUGUCAGAUUUGGAAUUGCCAGAAAGCUAGGAUGGCUUUUGGAUAUACUCAUAAAUGAAGAAGUAUAUUCUUCAAUUAUUGCCUUGCAAACUCCUGCUGUAAAUAGUUCUGGCCAAAACCAGGAACUUGGUUACCAGCCUAUGUUCUGUUCUGUACUUCAUGCGUUGAAGACAUUCAUGAUAGUAACAUCUUCAAGUCCGGUUUGGGGCGAGGUAGAGUCAUUCCUUCUCGAAAAUCUCUUCCAUCCUCACUUUCUCUGUUGGGAAAUUAUUACUGAACUUUGGUGUUUCAUGUUGCGCCAUGCUGAUCCAGACAUGAUGAAUGACAUUGUUGACAAACUUUUCUCACUAUUGAGACAUACAGCUGCUCCAGAAUCAGUAUUAUUUCCUAGUAGUCAUCUGCGAAAAAUUGCAAGAUUGAUCUGCAUGUUUCUAAAUUACGGUACAGAAUUGAUGGUUGAUCGAGUUUACACUUCUGUUGUUGGCAAUGACAGAUCUCAGUGUUCAUCAAGUGUGUAUACAGCACUAAUCAUGGAAGGUUUCCCUUUAAAUAGUCUCCCAGAAAAGACGAGAAGUACUGCAAAAGAAAGAAUUAUAACUGAAUAUUUUCACUUUAUAGAGAGCAUGGAAGAGAAGUCAUCUGAACCAUGUGUUUCUGGCAUUUAUGGUGCUCCAGUUUUUGUUCUCUCUGCUGCUUUGCAGUCUCUCCAGGUCAGCCUAUCUGAUACUGAGAUGAAAACUCUGAAGUACCUGGUUCCUAUGAUUCACAAGUACAAAAACUCCACAGACGACCAAAUUAAAGAUCAUUACUGCAAGCUUCUAGGUGAAUUGUUAGGCAUUUUUUCUCACAUGAACCAUUUGUACUCAUCUGAUGAUAUGGAAGGAGUUAUUUUGGAGCUUCAGAAGCUCUUUAUCUCGAGGCCAGAAAAAUCAGAUGGUCAACUAUUUUGGUGCAAACCUAACCUAGCUCGUUUCAUGGGCGGUCUUGGUCAUAUGGAUUUGGCAGAUAGUGAUGAUAGUGCUCGGAGUUCAGCUGCUUGGGAAUUGUAUCACAUGUUACUAAGGGAGCAGCACUGGGCAUUUGUUCACCUGGCGAUCUCAGCAUUUGGAUAUUUUGCUGCUCAUACUUCUUGUAAUCAGCUGUGGAGAUUUGUGCCACAAGAUGCUGCUCUGUCUUUUGACUUGGAAUCUGGAAACGAAGCUGAUGAAGAAAGGUUUAUGUCUGAGUUAAAAGCAUUUCUUGAGAAGGAAAUUGUGAAACCAAGAUCCCAUCAGUUAGAGUUGCUCGUUAAAGAAGGUCAAAUGUUAAAAGAACUUGUUCAAAACAGUGGAAAGAUCAAUCCAGAGUCUAUAGCAUGUGAUAUGAUGGAGAUUGACGAUGAGAAACAUUUCAGUAGGAAAAGAAAAUUUCCUGAUGGAAUCAACAAGGGAGUAGAAUUACUGCAGAGUGGCUUGAAGGUUAUGGGUGAUGUUCUUUCCCAGUGGCAACAUAAUCAAGUUGACUCUACUGAAGUACAUAGAACAUUUUUGACUCAUUUUUCUAGGGUUGAAGAUGCAAUUGCAGACUUACUUAGCCUGGCUGGUAGUGGCUAGGUGGCUGAACAAUGCAUGCUGAAAUUGGUCAAUGACAUCUUGGCAGCAGUGGACUAAGUCAAAAGUUUGUGGUUCCAGAAGAAAUUGUGCUCUAGCAAGGUAUGAGCUUUAACUCUCAUUCUUCUAUUUCCUGAUACAUCUUGUUUGCAUUGGAUAGUGAUAGUUACUGGUGUUCAAUAUAUUAACUUCUACAAAAAUGUGAACUGUUCAUAUUUGUAUGUGAAUUAAAUUGUUCGAUGAUCAAAAGCUUUGUUGAAUCAAA